AUGGCUUGGACCGGAGGUGCCUUCGGUCCAUGGCGUCCUUCCUCGAGGCGUGAUGCUGGAUUCAGCCUGGAGAAAGAAACGGCAGUACUUAGUUUCGAUGUGGGACUCGUGGGAGUGUCUUCGACGGUCGACACGUGCCCUGACAGGUUCUGGCGGGAGUUCCGAGGUUAUCUGUCAGGGUCGGCCGGAUGUGCUGACUGGUCAAUCGGCCUGGUGUGCCGAAGGUUGGUGUGGGUGUGUUGGUCGAUGGCACUUACCGACUUGACGACUGCGUAUGAAUCGGUGGAGUAUGCCAAUUGA